AUGCCAGUGUUUACCGAGUACACUGCAUCUUCUCGCGAACUGCGUGUUCUCCCUUCUUUUGCCGCGCCGCUUCCCCGUCUUUCCCCCGCCUUUACCCCCACUCAAAACAACAACAACAACAGUAACAACACUACUACUACUACUACUACUACUACUACUACUAACCCCGGCCAACUAGAACAAUAUGAAGUGGUCAUCGUUGGCGCCGGCCCCGCGGGCUUAAUGCUCAAUCUACUACUCGCCCGCUACGGUCUAGAUGACGACUCACUCCUCUGCGUGGAUGCCAAACCGGGAACGCUGAAAUCCGGCCAAGCCGACGGGUUACAGCCGCGGACACUCGAGGUCCUCAAGUCGCUGGGACUCGUGGACGAAAUCCUCAACGAUGGAUGCCACAUGGAGGAAGUAGCGUUUUGGAACCCCUCCGCGAACCCCGACGAAGUGAUUGAGCGGACCUCCACCGUGCCGGAUGUGAGUGUGCCUGCGCGGUACCAGCAUGAGGUGACGAUUCACCAGGGGCGGAUUGAGCGGAUCCUGGAGACGGAUUUGCUGCGGUAUUCGAAGCGCGGGGUGCAGCGGGAUACGAGGCUGGUUUCGGCGAGGGUGGAUGAUGACGAGGAUGAAUUUCCUGUUGUGGCGGAGCUGGAGACAGCCGGGGUGAAGAGGGUGGCGCGCGCAAAGUACCUGGUUGGUGCGGAUGGGGCGCAUUCGGUUGUCAGGCGCGAGAUGGGAUUAUCGUUGGAGGGCGAGUCGAUGGAUCAUAUCUGGGGCGUCGUGGAUUUGGUCGUUGAGACUGAUUUCCCGGAUAUUCGGAGACGCACGGCCAUUCAUUCGCCGGCGGGGUCGGUGAUGAUUAUCCCGCGCGAGCGGAUUGUGACGGGGGAGUACUUGACCAGGUUGUAUGUGCAGGUUCCCCAGGCGGAGAUGGAGCUUGUUGCUGAGCAGGGAGAGGCGGGUGCGAGUGGGAAAGAGGAUGCUAGAGCGCGCAGAGCUCAGGUCACGCUAGAGGGAAUCUUCCAGCAUGCUGCAGAGGCGUUCAAGCCUUAUUAUAUCAAGCCUAAGGAGGGCGGUGCUGUGGACUGGUGGGCGGCCUAUCAGAUUGGGCAGCGCGUGUCGGGGAAGUUCACUGUCCAGGAUUCCAAGGGAAUUAACAGAGUGUUUAUUGUUGGAGAUGCUUGCCAUACACACAGCCCAAAGGCCGGCCAAGGCAUGAACGUAUCCAUGAUGGACUCGUAUAAUCUGGCCUGGAAGUUGGCCUACUCUAUCCACGGCCUCACACCUGGUUUAGCAACGGCUGCAAAGCCUGACCCAGUCCUGGAUACAUAUCACCUAGAACGCCACACAAUUGCCCAGCAGCUCAUCGAAUUUGACCGUGCAUUCUCAUCCAUGUUUUCCGGCAGGAUCGGCUCAGAAAAUGACGGUGCGGACGGUUUAACACAUGAGCAAUUCCUGGAGGUUUUCAACACCGGAAACGGGUUCACGAGUGGCUGUGGUAUUGAAUAUCCUGAAAAUGUGACGGUCGAAAAGACACUCGCAGCAGGUAUCAAUAACCCGAUCCAAGGAACUGACUAUCUACGCGGCAUGCGGAUGGUAAUCGACGCCAUUUACAAGAUGGUACGAACCUCCGCACCCGCCCUAAAAGCCCUGGGGUCCGUUCUACAGCGGUUCCCUGCGUCCAUUAUUGAGCAGGUUGUUAUCCAUCCUCGAUUGUCGAGAGAAUUUACAUGGAAGGACGUGCCUCAUGAGUUGAAACAACACUCAGAAAUGCGGUUCUAUAGUGGGUACGAGAUCGAUGACGUAUAUUCGACUUACGGCGUCGACCACAGCCAUGGGGCUAUAGCUGUCGUGCGACCGGAUGGAUACAUUGGGACAAUUGCAGCGCUGGAUGAUGUAACCUGGACUAGUCCACAUGACCCCGAAAACCCUAAAAAUUGGCCCAUGAGGAAGAAGUGGGUGACUGUUAUCAUGGUUUCCUCGUUCACCUUUAUUUCACCUGUCACCUCCUCUAUGGUUGCGCCCGCUCUGGCUGCGCUCGCGGCGGAUCUGCACAUAACUAGCUCAGUUAUCUCGCAACUUACUCUGUCGAUUUUCGUCCUUGCCUAUGCUGUCGGACCGCUGUUUCUCGGCCCUCUUUCCGAAAUCUACGGCAGAGUGAUCGUUCUCCAGCUCAGCAACUUGUUCUAUCUCGUCUUCAACAUUGCGUGCGGAGUAUCUCGAACCAAGGUCCAGAUGAUCGUUUUUCGAUUCCUAGCUGGUCUCGGUGGUAGUGCACCGCUAGCAAUCGGUGGCGGUGUUCUCUCGGACUGCUUUAUACCCGAGCAACGAGGUAAAAGUAUGGCUAUUUACAGUCUCGCGCCUCUUCUCGGCCCAGCCAUCGGCCCAAUUGCCGGUGGGUUUAUUGCUGAAAACACAACUUGGCGCUGGGUAUUCUACGCCACUUCGAUUGCCGAUGGUGUCAUCCAGGUUGCAGGCUUCUUUUUGCUCAAUGAGACCUAUGGCCCCAAAAUUCUCCGGGACCGUGCCAAGAAAAUCCGCGCGGAAACCAACGAUCCCGCCUACCAAACCGAAAUCGAAAGACAGGGCAAACCACUGUCAGAAGUGCUCCGUACCGCUCUCGUCCGUCCCUUUCGCCUCCUCGGCACACAGCCCAUUGUGCAGGCUCUCGCGCUUUACCUCGCCUACACCUACGGUCUCAUGUAUCUGGUGCUCUCGACCUUUCCCACUCUCUGGACCAGCCCUGAUUACUACAACGAAUCCACCGGCAUCGGCGGCCUAAACUACAUCGCAAUCGGACUGGGCUUCUGGGGCGGAUCCCAGAUCUGUGCCCCGCUGAACGACCGCAUCUACCGCCGUCUCAAAGCUCGCAACAACGGUGUCGGGAGGCCCGAGUUCCGGGUGCCGCUGCUCGUUGUCGCUGCAUUUAUGACACCCGCGGGGCUCUUCAUCUACGGCUGGACAGCACAGAAACACACGCACUGGAUCGGCCCCGAUAUCGGCGCCUUCCUGUUCGGCAUGGGCACCAUCGUUGCCUUCCAAUGCGCACAGACCUACAUGGUUGACGCGUAUACGCGAUUCGCCGCGAGCGCGCUCGCCGCCUCCGCCUGCAUGCGUUCCUUGGCAGGAUUUGGAUUCCCGCUUUUCGCGCCGUAUAUGUACGACGCCCUUCACUACGGGUGGGGGAAUAGUUUGCUCGGGUUUGUUGCUCUUGGGAUAGGGAGUCUCGCGCCGAUCUUCCUCUGGAAAUAUGGCGAGGUGUUGCGGAAGAAGAGUCCGUAUGCGGCCGGUUAA